UGUUCCUACUGAGGCCCCGCCAGCUGCCCCUCUGGACGUGUGUGUGAGCCGACUGUCUGUCUCCCAGAGCCCACCUGCCGUCGCCCGGCCCCAUGACGCCCCGCCGGCCGCCCCCAGUGAGCAUGACCACCAGCAUGUGAAUGAGGACCCGCCCAAACCUGGGCACCCACAGAGAGCCACCAUGGAGACCUCCCGCUCCCCUUCCCCGCAGUUUGCGCCACAGAAGCUAACUGACAAGCCCCCCCUGCUCAUCCAGGAUGAGAGCUCAACAAGAAUUGAGCGGUUGAUGGAGAACAACACGACAGUGAAGAUGGUGCCCAUCAAGAUCGUGCACUCAGAGAGCCAGCCCGAGAAAGAGAGCCGCCAGGGCCUGGCCCAGCCUGCCGAGCCGCCCACCCUGCCCAGCGGGCUGGAGCGCGACCAGAUCAAGACGCUGAGCACAUCAGAGCAGUCCUAUUCCCGCUUCUGCGUGUACACUCGGCAGGGCGCCGAGUCUGGGGAGCCACCCCGAGCCCGGCCGACCGAGCCCGAGCCCCCUGGCGCCCAGGUGCCCCCCACCAAGGAGAGCUGUGCCUCCCCUGGGGGGCUCAGCUACAUGAAGGCCAAAGAGAAGACAGCAGAGGACCUUAAGUCUGAGGAGCUGGCCCGUGAGAUCGUGGGGAAGGACCGGUCCCUGGCUGACGUCCUGGACCCCAGUGUGAAGAUGAAGACCACCAUGGACCUGAUGGGGGGCAUUUUCCCCAAGGACGAGCAACUCCUGGAGGAGGCCCAGCAGCGGAGAAAGCUGCUCCCCAAAGGCCCCUCCCCGCGGACAAUGGAGGACAAGAAAGAGGAGCCGAGUGUGGCAACGGCCAUGUCCCUGGCCACCAGCUCCACGUACUACAGCACAUCGGCCCCUAAGGCGGAGCUGCUAAUCAAGAUGAAGGAUCUGAAGGAGCAGCAGGAUGCCCAGGAGGACUCAGGGAGUGACCUGGACCAUGACCUGUCGGUGAAGAAGCAGGAACUCAUUGACAGCAUCAGUCGCAAGCUGCAGGUGUUGCGGGAAGCCCGGGAGACGCUGCUGGAGGACAUCCAGGCCAACAACGAGCUCGGGGAUGAAAUGGAGGCCAUCGCCAAAGAUGUCUGCAAGCCCAACGAGUUUGACAAGUUCCGUAUGUUCAUCGGGGACCUGGACAAGGUGGUGAACCUCUUGCUGUCACUGUCAGGCCGCCUGGCCCGUGUGGAGAACGCCCUCAAUAACCUGGACGACAGUGCUUCUCCUGGGGACCGGCAGUUGCUGCUGGAGAAGCGGAGGGUCCUCACCCAGCAGCAUGAAGAUGCCAAGGAGCUCAAGGAGAACCUGGACCGACGGGAGCGCGUCGUGUUUGACAUCCUGGCCAGCUACCUCAGCGAGGAAAACCUGGCAGACCACAAGCACUUUGUGAAGAUGAAGUCGGCCCUCAUCAUUGAGCAGCGGGAGCUGGAGGACAAGAUCCACCUCGGCGAGGAGCAGCUCAAAUGUCUGCUCGACAGCCUCCAGCCUGAGCAUAACAAAUAGGGGUCUCCCGUGGUGAGUAGGGAGAGGCCCAGCCCAACUCCAGCGGCCAGGGCAGCCCACCCUGUGGUUGAGCCUUGGAGAGACUGUCCCCUGCAAGAUGGCUCUUGGAAAAGCAAUAACUCCUCUGUUUGUUUGGGAUGCUGUAUUUAAUUGUUUGGUUUCCCUUUGCAUGGCUGAGCUGGGCAGCUCGUUAUUGGUCCUUUCCUCAAAUGUGACCCUGCACCGAGUCUCCACACUGGACGCUGGCGCAGUUGUACAUGCAGUGGUUACCUGGAGGGUCAGCCUGCUGUUCCCCUGUCUUCGGGUGCUGUACUGACGCUGGGACACCAGUGAGCAUUUGCCACUGGGAGCCUGGUGCCAUUGUCGCUCACGUUGCCUCCAGGACACAGCCGCCAUGUGGGUUUUGUCUCUGCUGAAGGGGCAGCAUGAGCAUGGGUCGUCUCAGCCGUAUCCUGGUGUUUCUGGGCCCAGCAAACAUCGUGAUGGUGGAGAUAAUAAUAAUUUAUUAACGGUUUGGUGUGGUGGAUCAUUUCCUAGUGGUUAAAAACCUGCUGUGAAAUAAAUAGCCCAAGUGUUGGGUUCACUCGUUCUCAGACGAAAGUCGCCACUUAACGCAGUCGUUAAACACACUCACGCACAAAGCAGACAGGUAGCUCAGGUGCUUCCUGCUCGACAGCACGGUUCAAAGGACGUUUUCCCGCCAAGCAAAUUAGUUGGGUUAAGAAGUGUGUCUAGUGAUAAUGUGCUUGUUGGAUAUUUGUUUCAUGAGACCAACUUAGUAUUUUUUAAGUUAUGUUUCCCCCUGCCCAUCUGUUUUGUGGAUGGGUGAUCUGUCAUGACAGUUGGCUGCUGUCCUCUUGUUGCCUCCCAAAACCUGUGACCAUGCUGUGAGAGAACAUUCCAUUUAUUGUCAGAACCCUCCCGCUGGUCUUCAGAGGGCCUGUAAACCCUACAACGUCAAAAUACCAUUUUGUUCUGCCAUGGACUUGAGAGAUUUGGUGCUCCUUUGAUUGGUGGAGACUCCGGGAUUCUAAAGUGAGUCUGUUCGUGGAAAACAUACUAUCUAGCUGUCAUUUCCCAUUGGCGAGUCACAGUUGGGAGAAAAUAUUUGAAAACCCGGUAUCUGAUGAAGGACUUGUAUCCAGACUGUAUAAGGAACACUGAGAACUCAAUGGUAAGAAAACAAACAGCCCAAUUAAAAAAUGGGUGGGACACUUGAACAGACCUUCACCAAAGAGGACACACACGUAAGAUAUGCACGUGAGAAGAUGUGCAACCUCCAGUUGCCGGCGUAGAACCUCCUUAGUCAUCUCAUGUGUUUCUUCAAAAGUUUCCAUCCAGUUAAAUGCAUGGUUAACGGUGAGCGAGUUCCUGGAUGCUCUCCUGUUCAGUAAUAUUAGGACAUUGGUUGUAUUAAGGGAUCCUUUUCAUCUUCUUUUCCCUUUAUUUCCAUAAACGAAGGUUUCCAGAAGGUGGGGCGAUUUCCCUGGGUCAACAGUGACCACAGCCUUACCAAAACACGGAACAGUUUUAAGGAGGAGAAACGCACCCUGCUCAAGCCAUCAGCCGUGUGCUGGGCUGCAGAGCUGCCACCCUAAUGUGAAUGCACCCUGUGGAGCCAUGGAGCUAGACUGGCAUGUGCCAGUCACACAGGGGUCAACCACCUUUCUGGCAGUCACCCCAGCUCAGAAAGCUCAGUGUUCUUUCACAGGUUGGUACUCCUAUUAAAGCCAGCUCUUUCUGAUUUGAAAAGCCUGUGUUUCUCCUCUUUAUUGCCCAUUUGUCACUUGUUAUUAGACCUGGUCGGGUCACAAAAGAUGGAGCUGACUGUCCCCAAACCUCCGUCUCUCUCCGAGCAGAGAAGACAUGGAUGGCUUCAGUGCAUUUGGUUUUUCAGUUAGACAAAACACACAUUCUUUCACCUGUGAUUCUUCCCCUCCACCACCUCUGUGCUGUGUGUACCAAAUGGGAAUAAUAGAAUCCGUGUGUCUUGUCUUCAGCCUUUUGGUUUUCUGCCUUUGGGCUUUCUCGUACGUAGCAUAUACCGCACUGUGUUCUCCUUUUAGCAAAGCAAAGCCCGUUUCAUCACAACCGGCCCGUCCAUUCCCCUACAUGUCUCUUCAGUUGUCUGCUUAGUGGGGACCCAAAGAUUCCAGGGAGUCGAUGUACACACUCUGUAUAUAGUUCUCUUCUGGCAUAUAAAAACAAUCUGGUGCUAGGGUUGGCCCUGGGCUUUCCGGGGCAGGGUGUGGCUGACUCCUCACCUCUGUCUGUCUGAACUCAGCUGUGGAGUGCUCUGUAGCAAGAUUUCAGUCAGGAGAAUGGCCUGGGGCUCCUUUCCUGCAGCCCACCCACCGUGGAAAAUGUGUACAGAUUUCAUGCUGGACACUUAACAUGUACCUAUCAACAGAUCAUCCUGCUUGACUGUGUAACAAAAUAAAUUUACUGUCUG